AUGGCCCGUUCUUCUACUGCUUGCUCGCUGACGGCGGUGACCCUUUUUGCCGCCGCAUUGUUGUUUUCCCUCCAUCCGUCGAAUGGUCAACUAACCACUGAUUUUUAUGCGAAGACAUGCCCAGGCGUGUCCAGCAUCGUCCAAACCGUGAUCCUAGAGGCCCUUCAACACGACCCACGCAUCACCGCCAGCCUCCUCCGUCUCCAUUUCCAUGAUUGCUUCGUCCACGGAUGUGAUGGAUCGCUGUUGCUGGACAAUAGCCCAACCAUACAGAGCGAGAAAGAUGCAGCUCCAAAUUUCCAGUCUGCGAGAGGCUUCGGUGUGGUGGACAUGAUCAAAGCGGCUAUUGAGAGCGCUUGUCCUGGGACAGUUUCUUGCGCCGACAUUCUCGCCCUCGCUGCUCAGGCUUCCGUCCAUUUGUCAGGAGGUCCAUAUUGGACGGUGCUCUUGGGGAGGAGGGACAGCUUGAUGGCGUAUCAAGCACUAGCGAACAUAUCAAUACCCUCCCCUUUUGAUAGCUAUGCCAACCUCACUUCCAAAUUCUCUGCUGUUGGCUUGGGAAUCACCGACCUUGUCGCUCUUUCCGGAGCUCACACCUUUGGACGUGCACAGUGCAAGUCAUUCAGCCCUAGGCUCUACAACUUCACCGCGAAUGGUGGCCCUGAUCCCACCAUAAGCCCAUGGUACUUGACCGCUCUGCGGAAACUAUGCCCUCAGAAUGGCAACAGCAGCGUCCUCGCCGACCUCGACCCAACGACCCCGAACUUGUUCGACAACCACUACUACUCCAACCUCCAAAAAAAUGAUGGGCUUCUUCUGUCCGACCAAGAGCUCUACUCAACAGCCGGCGCUGCGACAAUCUCCCUCGUCAACAGCUUCAGCUUUGACCCGAUUGCCUUCUUUGAGAGCUUCGCUCGGUCAAUAGUAAACAUGGGAAACAUUAGCCCUCUCACCGGAAGUAACGGGGAGAUCAGGUUCAACUGCAGGAAGGUCAAUUGGAGUUAA